AUGGGCGGACCGCUACACCUUUACUUCCUCGGCCUAACGGCCAUCGGAUUUGAUUCGCUCUGGGGCCAAAUGGUGCGGAACGGCACUGCGCAGGCUAUCGGACAGGCCAAAUCGACAGGCGUGCUGGCCAGCGGCGCCGUCCUCCGCUCCGUCUACACGGGUCUUCCCGCAGUCGACAGGCUCUUGCACGCCCCCGUCAUAUUUUACGACUCAUUGACGCACGGCCGCGACCCGGCCUACCGUGCCCUGCUCGUCGCCCUGUUCAGCUCCAUGCAGACAAUUUCUUUCAGUCAGCUCGUCUUGGGGCUCCGCAGUAGUCGGCAUCCAGUAUGGCCUUUCCUCGAGAAUCUCUUUUGGGCCAUGUUUAACCAAAGCCACGGGGCCGCGUUCGUCUAUCCCUUGUACUUCUUCACGCAUCUGGGACAGGUGACGACGGCAGAGACACCACAGGGAAAACAUGACCAGCUGGACCAACUUGACGAGGUCGACGCCGAGGCCCUCGUAUACACCAGCGUCCUCGCUGCCGUGCUGCCGGCCUGGUUGAUCGUCACUGCCUACAUUCCCUGCUCCGCUGAGACCCGGCAGGUGCUGAUCGCCUCUUACCGCCUUACGCCGGCUAUCCUGUCCGCCGCGGCGCCGCUGCUCUCUCGCUUUCUCCGGGCGGUGCGGGGGUGGCGCCACGGCGCCGCGUCUUGCUCCACCUCCUGCGCUGCGAGGACCAGGCGCCUCGUCAAGCUGUCCCUGGUGCUCUCGGGCGCCGCGGCGGCCAUCGGCCACCUGUACGGCGUUGCCACGGGCCUGCUAUCGUCGCGGGUCACGCUCGCCGCCGUCUUUUGGCCCGGCGCGACGACAAACCUGCAGGCCGGGGCCGCCCAUGUCCUCACCCGGGGCUGCCACCUCUUCCUACAAAACGACUGGUGGGUCAUAGCAGCAGCAACCGCGCCCUAUGCAUCGGCGGUGAUUGCUUCUUCCGGGGCGCCGUGCACCGACCCUGGGGACAGCAGAGGCAUGGGCUCCUGGUACGAGUGGGCUGAGAACGUGGUGGCGAGCCUCGGUGGCAAGUGGGUGCCGUUGACUUUUCUGACGCUUUUACUCUCGCCCGGCGCAGUGUUGGCUUGGUCCACCGCGGUGACUGUUUGA